UAACAGUUUAGAAAAGGCCCUCGCGAGUGAGAAAGUAGCGGAUAAUUUAAAAUCUAAGGUGUUAAUGUGUUUGUUAGGAGACAAAGCUGCGCAUCUUUUAACUUAUUUAGAGGAAGAACAGUACGAGGAUUACGAGGCUUUGAAAACCAUAGUGCUUCGGGAAUAUGAACCUUCACCUAAGACUUGUUUGGAAAAUUUUAAGCGGGCUAAAAGGAACCCGGAGGAAAAUUUUACUCAGUUUGCUACAAGAUUAAAUUCUAUGUGGAGUUAUUACUGCAAAUUGAGGGGAGCGACGGAUCUGGAAACUGUCAAUCAGUUAGUAGUUGCGGACAGAUUAAUGGAAACGCUCGAUACGGAAACUGCUACUCAUAUUGGUAUUAAGCAAGGUGAAAAUUGGUGGAAACCAAAGGAGUUAGCGAGAGAAUGCGAUAUGUUUUUUUCGGCAACCGGGAAAUCUUACGCUAAGGGUUAUAGGAAAGAGAAUGAUAUUAAAGAGGGAUUAUCACCAGAGAGGAUUAAAGUAAAGCCAAAAGAAAGCUAUAAACUUGGUCCAGAGAAGCAGGCUUCAACAGUGUCAAAUAGAGGCAAAAUAAACUCUCCUCAGAGAAAAAUUUCGCAUGUUACAAAUGCGGGUCAAGAGAACAUUUUAAGCGUGAUUGCCCUCAAAAUAAAAAUACGAAGGACAAAUUUGCGAAAGUGA